CAAACUUAGUACUUAAAACCAAAAUAAGACGAGAACGUUAAAUUGUCUCGUUCCUCUUCAGAAAAUAUUGAAAUUGCCCUAAUAUCUUCCUAGACAACUGCGUGGAGUUCGAAGGCCGCAAAAUGGCGGAAAGGCGCAAAUCGCAGCUGCCCGAGGAUUUCGCAGAGAUCGUCGAGAACUUCAAACGGCACGAUUCGGCCUCUCGACCUCGCGUCGGCAUGAGCAACCAAAAGUUCAUGGGCUUCGCCGCCCCGAGCAAUGUCUCAAGCACUUCCUUCCUCGAAGAGAGCACGAGGAGCGUGACCAAGAAGCUGUUCUUUGAGGCUUCCACGGUCAGCAACACUUCCUACAGCGUCCCGACGGACGUUCUGCUGAGGAGCGCGGCCAAGAGGAGGAGCGACGCCUCCGACGCCACGGAUUUUGCCUCGCCAACCAAAAAGUUUCCAACCACCCCUGGAGGUGGCAUUGACUGGUCUCCGGUGUGCAGAGAGCAAAGAUACAAGCUGCUUGAGAGUGUCGACGCCAGAAUCAGUGAUUUGCACUCGAUGGCAGCAAAGCAGGAGACUUUCAAGAAAGACAUGAUGUCUGUGAUUGAUACUGAGAAGAUGCUGCUGGAGCGGCAGAAGGAAAAAGAUAAACUUGCCAUGCAACGAAUGAAGGAGCAGGUUGACGGUUUGAGCAAGAAGAAGCAAGAGACGGAAGAUUUGCUUUUGGCUGCCGAGAACAAGCUGAGAGAACAGAAAGCCAAACACGACCUGGAGAAGUUCAAUUGGCAGAAGGACUACUCUUGUUUGGAACAGAAGCACAAUGAGCUUCUCUCGGAGCAUCAACGUAUGGAGAGCAGCCUGAAGCACAAAAUCGAGCUGCAGGAGAGUGACCUGCAGACGACCAAAAACAUCAACACGCAGCAGCAGAACAGACUGAACCACUUGGAGGACGAGGUGAACAAGUUGAAGGCGAGGGAGUUCCAAGAGCAAGCCCUCCGAGAAGUGAUCGAGGUGAAGGAAGUGCGCAUUCGAGACCUGGAACUGGAGCUCGAUUCAAAACGAGAGUCCCUCCUCAUCGAACGACGAUCUUCGGUGGCCUCGUCUGCCACUUCCAAGAAGGUGCAGGAACUCGAGGACAAGUUGAUCCAGAGCAAGGAACUUCUGAGGGGAAAACUGCUGUUGGAGGAAAAGGCCAACAGUCUGCAGGAGCAGGCCAGCAAGGUGGACCAGAUGGCUCAAAAAUGCGCCAUCCUCGAACAACUUGUGAAGACCAAGGAUUCCGAGCUGAAGGAGUGGCAUGCGAUGGCGAUCAACACGGUGAGUGAAAUUGACGAGGAAAGAAUUUCUCCGCGCUCUGUGUCGUCGGUGUUUCAAAAUCUCGAGCAAAAAAUUGUCGUUCUCCGUUCUGAUCUUUCUGAAGCUGUCUCGCAGCUAAAAUCGGCUAAUAGAGAAAAGGAGAUUGCCGAAGCCCAACUCCGCAGCGAGCAAGAGAGGCGCAUCAGCAUCCAGACUUCGGCUGAGGCGCAGGCUGUGACGCUCAGAAAGAUGGAGAGGAAGCUGCAGCUCAUUAUUCAGGAGCGUGACAGUAUUCAACAAGUUUUGACUGCAUACGAAGGAGAUUUAACUAUUGCUCCGAACCAAAUGAAGCUUCUGCAGCAGAAGCGAAUUGAGUCUGCCGAAAAGUCAGCCAAAGAGUUGAGAGAAAUGGUGCAGCAGCUAGAGCAAGAAUUGGCCCAGACAAAGUCCGGGGACACCUCUCCUGCCAACAGGGAGUUCACUGCUUUGCAGGAGAAACUGCAGUUGUGCGAAAAUGACCUUCAGAAAGCCAAAUCACGAGUCACCGCCUUGGAGGAACUGAACGAGGAAAUGAAGAUGCUGCUUGAGCGGCGUGCUCUGCGCGGGGACUACAACCCUUCUGAGACCAAGGUCAUGCACUUCCGAAUGAACCCCCUUGCCCAAGAGGACGCCAGAAAGGCGGAGGAGAUGAAGCGAUUGAGAGAGGCCAACGACAGACUGAAAGAGAAGGUGAAAAUUCUGCAGUCCAAGGAGAAGAGUUUCCUGAAUGUGACUGCCGUUGCUGACGAGAAUCUCCAAAUUGAAAGCAACAGGACCAUCAAUGAGCUGCGAAAACAGCUGGAGUCUUCAGAGGUGAAAAACACUCGGCUGAUCGAAGCUUUCAAGAAAUCAAGCAAGGAGUUCCGUCAAUCCCUAUACCUACUCCUGGGCUACAAGGUUGAGCGCAUGCAAAACGGCCUGUUUAAACUGACCAGCACUUAUUGCGCAGAUGACGAGUACCUUCUCUUCAAUGUGCGUGAUGAUGACACCAUCGAGAUGCCCUCCACACCCUUUGCUGAAACCAUCCAGGAAUUGAUCAGACUCCACCUGGAGGAUCAGAAUAGCUACCCAGCCUUCCUGAGUGCCUUGACUCUGGAUCUCUACAGCAGACAAAGCUACACUUCCUAAGUCUUUUCUAUUAAUUUUUGCCUCUUGAUAAAGAGACAUCGAGGCAUUAUUUUGUACAUUUCUAAAUUGAAAAUUCCAUUAUACAGCUGGAGCUGAAAAUUGAAAUUCCCAAAUAAAUAUUUUCUUUUCUUCAAGUGAAA